GACCCACCACUAAGCCAGCCCGCCAAAGUAAAGUACGCCGCUCUGGUCACUGGGGCCACAUGGCUUUCUGGGUGGCCUGGAUGGCAGGCCCUGCCCAAGGUCACACGGGGUCGUUACCAAGCUUGCCUUGGAACCAGGCCUCUAGAUUCCUACCCCAAGCUCUGUCCACACCACGGAGUCCUGGGGAAAGACCCUGCACCUGCCAAGACAGUGUCCUGACCACCAUGCUACCGCUGGGCUCGGCGCCGGCCCUGAACAAGCUACUGCUUCAAAAGGAGGAGGAAUGGAGGGCGCUGCAGGCCCGCCACACCCGGCUGCAGGAGGCAGCUCUGCAGGACACACAGGGCCAGCUGCAGGAGGCUCAGGGCAAACUGCGGUGCCUGCAGGAGGACUUCGUCUACAAUCUGCAGGUGCUGGAGGAGCGGGACCUUGAGCUGGAGCGCUAUGACGCCGCCUUCGCCCAGGCCAGGGAGUGGGAGGAGGCCCGGCGGGCGGAGGUGAGCGAGCUCAAGAUAGAGGCGGCUAAGCUGAGGCAGGCGCUGGCCAGAGAGGCCAGGAAGGUGGAGGAGCUGCAGCAGCAGCAGCAGCUGGCCUGGCAGGAGCAUCGCCUGGAGCUGGAGCGCGUCCACAGUGACAAGAAUGGUGAGAUUGACCACCACCGGGAACAGUAUGAAAACCUCAAAUGGAGGCUGGAGAGAAAACUUGAGGAGCUGGACAGUGAGCUUGCUCUGCAGAGACAGGAACUGCUGCUGGAGUUUGAAUCGAAAAUGCAGAAGAGGGAGCACGAAUUCCGUCUGCAGGCCGACAACAUGAGCAACACAGCCUUGUCCCAGGAGCUCAAGGUUAAACUACUGCACAAAGAGCUGGAGGCUCUGAAGGAAGCCGGGGCGAAGGCUGCGGAGAGUCUGCAGAGGGCAGAGACCACCAACGCUGAGCUGGAGAGGAAGCUCCAGAGCCGCGCCCAGGAGCUCCAGGACCUCGAGGCUGUGAGUGGCGCCCGGGUAAAGGACUUAGAGGACAGACUUCACUCUGUGCAGCUAACCAAGAAGAAGGAAGAGGAAACAUUUGAGAGGAAGCAUGAAGAGCUCGACCGUCUGGCCCGGGAGAAGGAUGCGGUGCUGGCAGCGGUGAAGGGAGCCCACAUGGAGCAGCUGCGGGAGCUGCAGGCCAGGGUUCUGGAGCUGCAGGCCCACUGCGAGACCCUGGAGGCGCAGCUCCGCAGGGCAGAGUGGAGGCAGGCAGACGCUGCCAAGGAGAAGGACGCUGCCAUCGACCAACUUCGCGAAGAGGCAUCAGCUGUAAAAUCUGCCUGGGAUGCUCAGAUUGCUCAACUGUCUAAGGAGAUGGUCUCCAAAGACCUUCAGAUUCAGAUGCUGCAGGAAGAAGAGAUGAAGCUCAAGGCACAGGUGGCCCGAUUCCAGCAGGACGUUGAAAGGUACAAGCAGCAGCUGUCCCUGGCAGUCGAAAGGGAGCGGAGCCUGGAACGUGAUCAGGUGCAGCUGGGCCUGGACUGGCAGCGCCGCUGUGACGAUGUUGAAAGGGACCAGAUCCAAAAAUCGGAGGCCCUGAUUCAGGGUCUGACCACGGCAAAAAGUCAGGUUGCUGCCAAGCUGCAGGAGACAGAGCGGGUACUACGGGAGCAGGAGGCGGUGCUGAAGGCCGUGACCCUGGAGCGAGACCAGGCCGUGCAGGCCCUGAGGAUGCAGGGGCUCCCCAGACCAGAGGCACAGACGCUCCUCAGGCAGCAUGAAGAAGAAAUAAGUAAAGACUUUCCAUCCAGUGAGAUCCAGCGGUUGCGAGAGCAGAACAUGAGCUUGCGAAACGUGAUUGCACAGAUGAGGAAAGAAAUGGAGACUCUCAGCCAUCAGAUUCCUCUUCCUGCCCAGAGAGUGGGGGAGAGCACAGAGGCGAGCCAGCCUGACCCAGAGGCGGGGGGCGAUGCAAAGCAGCCUGACCCAGAGGCGGGGGGCGAUGCAAAGCAGCCUGACCCAGAGGCGGGGGGCGAUGCCGCCACUCCUGAUUAUGUUCUGGCCCUUGAAGCAGAAAUACAAAAUCUAAAGCAUAAAUUUAAAACCCUGGAAGGGCAGCUGGAAGAUGUGUUGGACCCUUUAACAAUGUCGUCACCUCGUGCUAAGUCUCAGCCCAGCAUCCACACCUCGACAGAGACCACUGGAGGGUCUGUCCAGGCUGGUCAAGUGGCCUCUGGACUGGCGCUCAGGAAGCUUGGGGACAGAGUGCAGCUCCUAAACCUGCUGGUGACACGACUCAGACAGAAGGUGCUGCGGGAACCCCUGGAGCCGGCCGCUCUCCACCUUGAGCUUCCCCGUGAGGUGGACCAGGUACACCUGGAGGUUUUGGAGCUGCGGAAGCAGGUGGCUGAGCUGGGGAAACAUCUCGGGACAGCCCAGCACUGGGGAGCGGAGCCUUCAGGAAGGAAGCAGCCCCCAGCCUCGGACGCCGCGGUCCUCAGGAGAGAGGGCCUCUCCAAGGGAGGGCCUGUGGAGGCCAAGGACCAGGGGGAGCUUGUCCUGCACCUCCAACCGGCGGCACAGCCCCCGCAGACGUUAUCUAUGCACCAACUCCAGAGGAAGCUCAAGGAGGCAGCCCGAAAAAUCCUCAGCCUCCACCUGGAAAAGGAGCAGCUCAUGGAGAUGGGAAACAGGCUCCGUGCAGAGCUGGGCCGCCCUGAAGGGCGGCGGCUGCACCGCACCCUCUUCCCUGCCCCCGAGGUCCGGAAGCCAGGCGAGGAGCCCAGGAAGCCUCUGGAUCAUGGCCCCCCUUUGGGACAGGUGCCGCCUCGUUUUACAGCUCAGGAGGCCAAGAGUGCGGAGGGUGAGCGUCCUUCCAGACACCCGGGGAAGCAGCGGCCCGGCUCGGCACAGGUGGGCGGCCGACACGACGCCCUGCGAGGCCGGAAGAAAGAAGCCCAGCCUCCAAAGCCACCCCAGGCUCAGGAGCACCCUGAAGAGCUCGUCCACCACUCCCACAGCUCCUCCUCCUUUGCCAGUGGCACCCUCCAGGACACGUGGAGGUUGCUAGACCUGGGAUCCAGCCCCUCUGGCCUCACCUCCCACGGUGGUGACUCAGCUCCAGACAGUGCCAACAGAGGCCACGAGUUGUCUGAACACCACCCCAGGCACUCAGCACUCAGCGCAGGGUCCUGGCCAGAGGGGAUGCGGCCAGCACCCCUCACUUCAGGACCAGGAAACCAGUUCCCGUGCCUCCAAAACAGCAGAGACCGCUGCCACUUCCUGCAGCCCCAGCCCAGCCUCCUGGGGCCUCAGGGCCUUCUCCUGCCUGGUGCCUCUGCCCUCCAAAAGACAGGAGAUGCACAGGGCGAACAGAGCUCCCAGCUCCUCCAGCAGCCAAUAGGAGCCCCGUCAGGAUGCAGGCAGGCUUUGCCACCCCAGGGAUGAAGACGGCAGCCCAGGCAAAGGCCAAGCCCACAGGAGCCUCCCGGUUUCAUCCUGCAAAAGUUAAAGGCUGCCAGAGGC